AUGGCCGCAACACGGUCUGUUCCAACUCCAGUUGGCUUUCUCGGGAUGAGUAGCCUGGCAUUGAGAAUGGUUUACGGCCUCCUCAGCAACCCAGACUAUACUGUCCGGAUAUAUGACAACAAUGCGCUUGAUAAAACAAGGAUCAGUGCCCUAGGGGGAACUUUUUGCCAACGCCCUCAGGAAGUCGCAAGAAAUGCUGAAUAUCUUAUCUGCUUGGCGGAUAAAUCUGAGCUUGAGGCUCUGUUUUUCAGCCGCGACUCCAGUGUUCUAGAAGUUCUCCUGUGCUCAAUUAUGGACACCAACCUUUACAACGCUUUAGAAGAUCACAUUUCGAGGCUUGGUCGAUCAGACCUCCUUCUAAUAGAUUCCCCGAUAUCCGCAAGUCCAACAAAUGACACCAAGGGGGGCAUGGUAACCUUUGCCGCCGGAAAACAAGACGCGUUAAGCAGGAGCUCAACUCUUUUGCACGAAAUAUCGGAUCAAUGGUUCAUGAUUUCCGGUACCUUAGGAGUUGCUACUAAGGUUCAGCUCAUAAAUCAGAUGCUCGUUGGCAUUCAUAUUUCUGCAGCAACAGAGGCAAUAUCAUUUGCUAUUAAACAGGGGCUAGACCCUUUCGAGGUUUACAAUAUCGCAAAAGCUACUACUGGCAGCUCCAGGGUCUUCGAGGCUUGGGUGCCAAAAAUCUUGGUCAAUUGGACUGUUGAUCCAAUUCUUGAAAAUCUGGCCGAUGAUCUGUCCCUGAUCACGUCUAUGUCUCGGUCAUUACAGUUCCCUCUCCCUUUAUCUGAAGUCGCAGGGCAGCUUUGCACCAGAGGCACUGGACAUGCCACUGCCAAAGGCAAAGACACCCAUACCAACCUAAUGCGCGUCCAUAGCCCUGACUUCCCACAUGAAGCCGAAACACACCAUGGUUCAGAGAAUCUUUUCAGCCAGUCGAACGGAAUCGAUUUGGACAAUUUCCAGUUUCCCAUCUCGACAAUCAGUGUGGUAGGAUCAGAUGCCACAGCCAUGGAAGUGGCUAAAUCACUCCUUCGAGCAGGUUACGUGGUGCAGGGCUAUGGCGCCGUCCCCAACGCUUCAGAGGGAGCUCCUCCAAUUGAGGGCAAUUUUUUGCCCGCUCAAUCUCUUGCAGAAGCAGUUCGAGGUACACAGGUGGUCAUAAUUUCAGUACAGAGCGCAGUACAAGUCGAUGAGGUUCUUUUUGGCCAAGAAGAGGUAGUAAAGAACCUUUCUGAUAAUGCUGUCAUUAUCAUCAGCUCCUCUGUUCCUCCUUCUUAUAUGAAAACCCUUUCAGGUAGGCUUGGGCGCCUCAGAAGCGAUAUAAGUAUUUUGGACGCCCCUGUGGGUGAUUGGGCAACUAAUACCACCAAUGGUGGUCUAAAUAUCAUGAUUUCGGGAGAUGAUUCCACUGUCCGAAAAGUCAUGGCUCCACUACUAGUCAUGGCCAAAGAUGUUUCCAACUUGCAAGGAGUUCGAGGAGGAAUAGGUGCCGCUUCAUCUGUUAAUCUCAUCAGCCAGAUUUUAGCAGGGAUUCACAUUUCAGCUGCUGCAGAGGCCUUGAGUUUCGCGGCACGGCUGGAACUUGAUCCAAAUAUUGUGUUUGACGUGUUGAUUAACACUUCAGCGUGGAGUUAUAUGCUGGAGAACAGAGGUCCACAAAUCCUCGAUGCAGACUGGACACCAAUUUUACCUCUUUCCACGUUUAUCAAGGCUGUGGGUAUGUUUACCGAAGAGGCCAGGCAUUUGAAACUGCCCUCUCCUGUAUCAUCUGCAACUGGUAUUCUAUACAAUACUGUGGCUGCUAAUGGCUGUGAAGAUGAGGGAGACGCGGGUGUGGCUCGCUUCUGGGAGCUUUUCACCGGCGUCUCUGUGGCCAAAUCGGUACUGGACGCUGCUAAAAGCUGUAUCUCGGGGGCAGAAUCCUAA